AUGCGGUCUUCCUUGCUGAUGGGCGCUCUUUGCGCCGCCGGUGCCAUGGCCAACCCUCUCGAGAAGCGGGCCUACACUACGGACUGGACCAUCGUCACUGUGACCACGACGAUCACCGCACCUGCGGCUCCUGCUCCAACGGCUUCCUCGUCGACAUACGUUCCCGUCCAGGAACCCGUCGCCAGUGUGGAGCCUGCUGAAUCCGAGACGCCUGCACCGGCACCGGUGGAACAGAGCUCGACCGCUGUCUUUGUCGAAAUCCCAGCUACUUCUUCCGCUCCUGCGCCUGUGGAGCCCACCACCGCUGUGCAGCCAACAACCACUGCUGCUGCGGCCGACCAAGGAUCUGCCUGGACCUCCGCUUGGACCUCGGCGUGGACAUCGUCCUGGACCUCUUCGGCUUCCCAGCCAACCACCCUGGCUAGCACCACCUCCAGUGCCAGCGGCGCUGCUGCCACGAAUGGUUACCAGUCAAACGUCUUGUACAACCACAAUGUUCACCGCAGCAACCACUCCGCCAGCUCUCUUGAGUGGGAUACCUCCUUGGAGCUAGCGCCCAGACCCUCGCCGCCAGAUGCCUCUAUUAAUGGCGGUGGCUAUGGCCAGAAUAUUGGAUAUGGUGUCUCCUCGGAAAAGAUCGGAGAGAUGAUCACCAACCUGAUGUACAACAACGAGAUGGGCUACUUCGAGAACCUGUAUGGCGAGGCCAGCCCCAGUAUGGACAACUUCGAUGCUUGGGGCCACUUCUCCCAGAUUGUGUGGAAGGGUACCACCCACGUUGGUUGCGCUACCGUGACCUGCAACAGUCUUGGUAACGUUGAUUCGUCCGUGGCGAUUCCCUUCACCGUUUGCAACUACAGCCCGGCCGGAAACUAUGCCGGCGAGUAUGCCGACAAUGUCCUUCGUCCCCUUGGACAGGCCAUGUAUGUCGCUUCUUAG